AGAUUUUUGUUAGAAUUAAAAAUAAAAGAUGCAUCAGGCUUUUGAUUCUGAGGCAAGGGGUAAUAAUUCUCCUGAAGAUCCUGUGGAAGAUAAAAAGGCAUGAGAGGCAAGAGGAUUCUGAAAAGGAUUCUAUCUUUAAAAUAUAAAUGAAUUCUUCUAUGUGCUAAUACUACUAAAUUACACUGCUUGGGAAUUCUCUUCUGUUGUCCCUUACUAUGACGAAGUGCUAGAAGACUUUGAAGACAACUGGCACUCAAAGCCGAUAGGUAAGCUCAGACUUUAAUGACGCAUAGUUGUAUUGGAGGAUUAAGGAAUAUUAUCCAUUAAAUUCUCAAGCAGUUUAUCAUGUCUGAAGCAUUUUAGCCAAAAAUUAGUAAUUAGUCGGAAUUUCAGAAAGAUGUGCAACUUCUCUAAAUUAUAACCCAUGCUAAGUCUGUAUUUAUUAGUCUUAGUUUAUAUUCUAGAAUUUUGAAAUCUAGCUGGAUAUCCUAUAAGGUCCAAUUUUCUGCUUCGAUUUUAACCGAUUGAUCAGUAGCUAUAAAUUAAAGUAUAAAGAAGUCAACCACCAGCUGCAACGGUGACUGGGAAUAUCUAGUUGAAGGAGAUUGGCCAGGGACAAAAGAAGGGAAUGUUUGUGGAGAAAUUAUUAAAGGGAGUGCUGAUGACCCUGAGUUGUGGGAACAAGAUCCUAAAUCGAUCAAACUUUGAGCAAAAGUUAAUGCAACAUCUCCAAUGCCACUCCGCUCCUUCUCUCCACCACACUAUGUACUAAACGAGUGGGACGUCCAUUCAAACACGCAGUCUGGUCAAAUAACGGAAACUCUCCACCUUGCCCAAAAGGAUACACAUACUGCACAGCAAAUGUCAUCACCAAUAUUGUGUCCCAAACCAUCUAGUAUGUCCGGUUAAUGAUGUGAUUAUUACUAAUAGAUCUUUGAGAAUUCCUUCAGAUUAUGAAGUUCUUAAGCUUGGCACUGAUAUGUUAUUAGGAUUUACGAAUAAAUCAGUUGGGUUACCGAUCAAUAAUCUCAGACUUGCAGAAGGGAAUAUAUGUGCAGAUAGUGAGAAAACCAGCGGGUUUUCAGACAGAGAAUUCUAUGAACUAUCAGAAAGGAAUUCUUUUCCAUGCACUAAAGAGAUAGCAGGGGAGGAGGUUCACCCUCUGUAUGACCUUGCCACCUUCAUCAGGGAGGAUAGACUCUUUGCUGAUAACAAAAUCAGCGUUGUCACCAAUAGACUUCCUUUCUAUUCUUCUGAAGAUGGAGAGAAAUAUUUUUGGUCCGUCUUCAAGAAUACAGAUGUCUAAAUAGGAUAACAGCUGUUCUGAUCAAGGAGUAACCAGAAGAGAUAUAUACGAACAGUUUGAAGACUCUGAUGGUGUGGUGGAGUUUAUUCAUAGACGUGCUUUAUUGGAUCCUACAAAGCUUCGUCAACGAGAAAGAAACAAGAUGUCUGAAGGUCUUCCAAAUCAUAUCUACUAGUGCCAAGAUCUUCCUUAUUCUCUCAGUAAUGUGGGCCUAGUUCUACAAGAUCUUCAAGAUUGCUUCAUUCUACUUCACGCUUGAAAAGUUAGGAGAAAAUAAAUGUCUUCAUGAGUUUUUCAAUAAGAUUUUUGCAGAAUAUGGUGAAUCUGUGCGUGAGUCUACCAAGUGGGAUUACAUCCUUAUCACGGUGUCAUUAAUUAUUCUCAUCAUUUGCUGAAUCCACCUAGGAACGAUUUUGUUCAGCUAUAUUUCCAAAUCUUCAACAAGCAAGAACUCCCAGAAGAGAGAUGAUGCUAUUGAGACUGAAAGAGGUUUUAUAAAACAAUAAGUGCCAGAACUAGGUGAGAACUAACUACUUUAAUGUCUAAAGAUGUUA